AUGGAUGAUGCUCAAAAUCAUGCCUCGAAGCCAAAACCUACCGCAUCGCCGAUAUCAGAUACACCUCAUGCCGAGCCCAAUGGAGAUGCCAUCAAGGCGGUGGAGGAUCCUCCAUCCGAUGGAAUGUCUUUUAGUGCCUCGGACCUUCACAAGCUACCAACGGAAGCUAUUCAGAGUAUGAAAGACAAUACAGUGAAGCAGCCAUGUGUUCCCGAGCUAGCCAAGAAGAAUCCAGCUCCCGUUACGAACAUGGAGCCGGAGCCCAUCCUAAUACGAGACUCCUCAGAGGCAGAGGCAGAGGCGCCGACAAAUGAGCGAGUACAUGUCUCUGCCCACAUUCGAGUAUCGGUGACAACUGAAGAUUUACCGGAUAUCGGCAUACCUGAUCUGCCUCAAGAGCUGAAGGCCUCGUCAGAACUGACCACACAGCAGGAAGUCAUUCCUGCUUCUCCACAGAAACACAAUGCUGAAGCGAGAAAGGAGGAUCGCCCGUCUGGCCCUCCACCCCGCAAGAAGAGAAAACCGGACUCGCCGAUCCAACAAGAGGGCGUUAAGGUUACGGAUGCUGCUCUUCCGGAGUCGCCAUUGGCUCAUUCUAAAAUCCCAUCUCAACAGGCAAAUGAUGAAUCGUCGUCGAGUAGGAUCCGUUCCCCGCCAGCCCAAUCAAUCGAUCUGAACAUGGAAGAUGACGACGAAGCCAACAUGGCUGAUUCAGAUCUACGUCCGCCUCCUGGUGUUGUCAUCCCAUCCCGCAAAACUCGAAAGGCAAAGGCUUCAAGCGAAGAACCCCGGCUCUUUCUGCCUGUGAACCCGGCCAUUCAUAGAAUGCACAAUCGAUCAGAAGAUUGGUACAAGAAGAAGUGCCAAGAGAUCAAGCACCGCCCUAGACGAAAAGCAUGGUUCGGUAAAGUGUUGGAGAGACAAAGAUGGCUAAACGCAAGGGAGGCCAAGUUGGAUGAGGAAUGCGAACAGGCUCGGCUGGCAGGAGAAGAUCCACCGUUCAGAUCACCACAGCCAAGAACACACAAGCGGAUUCUCGACUUUGGAGAUGUCCCUGAAGAAGAGCUGCCGGAUGAUGUGCGCAACAAUCCUGCGUGGUUGAAGGCAUGCGCUUGGCAUCGAGAGACCAUGAACAAAGCACUGCAACGCCAGCACCAAGUCAAUAAGACGACUGAAGAGACGACACGCUUCUUCAUGGAGGCUUUUAGCGAACUCCCCCUUUGA